AUGGUUCAUGAGAAGGUAAAGCAGGUUGAGAUGCUCAAGACUCGGCUUAAGAAAGCCCAUGAUCGCCAAAAGAGUUAUGCAGAUAAGCGCCGUAAAGAUUUGGAGUUUCAGGGAUGCUACAGUCUGCUUCUUAGAUGUGCAGGGAGAGUGACCGGAAUGCGUCACAUUCCCAACUCCUCUAAUGACACUGAGAUCAAACAUUCGGACUUUCUUGUAAACCUCGUGCCCCAACCAUCUGGUCUCAUUCCUGGACUCGGGUGGUUCUUACUGCCACCAAGUCUUAAGAAGCCAUUCCAUUUUUACAAAGCUCCGAUUCCUGCUGCUCCCACCACUUCUUCUAAUGGAACCCCUAGUAGCUUUGCACCAAACUCUGGAUACGAAGCUUCUGGUCCAAGAUCCAGAGAAGAUCAAGUUCCACCAGUUCCACAACCGUGACUUGAAACAGUCAACGAAUAAGCAUUUGCUAGAUGCAAAAGAGUCUGUAACAAGUCUACUAGUCAUUUCAUAAGAGUCAUCAUAUCUUUGUUAUCCCCUCUCUUUCAAUACACAAGAAAAAGAUACAAUGUAUUGGAUAUAUCACGAGCUUUUGCUUAUAUGCUGUUAUAAAAAGACAUAACUGCAAACCAAAAAUGUAGUACAAACAAGAACAAUUAGAGUUUGGUCAGAUCAAGACAAAAUCCCAGAAGCUCAUAAAACAAUGGCGAUUAUGAAAACAGACAAAGUCUUUCGUGUCCAAAGCAAACCGAUGUAAGGUUCACGUGUCCAAUACCUUGAAGAUGAUGAAA